AUGCUACUUAAAGAGUUCACAUCCCUCUUCCUAAAGCACACAAAACCUACUAGAAGUCAUCUUACACCAGAGCUUUUGCUACGGUUGAUAACUGCAGAUUGUCCUCUCUGGUCAGCACCAGCUAAUCAAUCCCCAUUUAAAGACCCCUUCUGGGGCUUUUACUGGCCUGGUGGGCAGGCGAUUGCAAGAUAUAUCUUAGAUAGUGCAGAUUCAGUAAAUAACUGCAAAAUAUUAGAUGUUGGAUGUGGUUGCGGUGCUGGCGCAUUGGCAGCGGCAAAAGUCAAUGCAAAACUUGUCGUAGCAAAUGACAUAGAUCUUUGUGCCUUAUAUGCUACUAAAUUAAAUGCGGAUUUAAACGACCUUCGAGUAGAAACAAGCAGUGUCAACCUUAUUGGGAAUGACUGCAAUGAAUUUGAUGCGAUUUUUAUAGGAGAUAUGUUUUAUGAUGAGGAUUUUGCAAAUCUCUUAUUUGAUUGGUUAAUAAAACUAUCGAAGAAAAAAAUGGUACUUAUCGGAGACCCUGGGCGACAUGGAUUGACAGAUCGGAGAAGAAACCAAAUGCGUUUAUUAGCUCAAUAUGAAAUGCCCAAAGUUACAUGUAAAGAAAACAACGGGUUUACACAUACAACAGUAUGGACAUUGAAGACAUAG